UUGGCUACCACCGAAGUCUGUUUCGGCCUUGAUGGAUAGUUGACACAGGGGGCUAGAGAAAGAACAAGUCAGAAUGAUGUGGUGGUCCUUUACAUUAUAAAAUAUAUACUUGUAGUUGAAGUCGGAUGAUGCUUUAAUGUCUUGCGAUGCAGCAUUCCUUUGAGUUGUUGUUCGUUUUCUGGAUGGCAGUUGGAAUAUUUGUGACAGUUAAUCAAGCGGGCCCUUGUAGUAGCAGUGUGUACCUGUUACCCUUGGUGUCGGACGCUGACCUCACCUCCUCCAGUAUAUUCGACAACGACUACGGGCCAGACAGCGCCCGCCUGACUGCCAGCACGGGCUGGGCCCCUGACAUCCUCGAUGAUAGCAAUCCCUGGAUACAGGUGGACUUUGGAGAGUUGGUUAACAUUGAGGGGGUUGUAUCUGGAGGCUCCAAUGACGCAAUGUAUGAUGAGUGGGUGGAAUCUUACAAGGUCAAAUACAAAGGCACGGGGUCCAAAUGGAAAACCGUUCAGUACUUGUCUACUAACGUGUUCCCAGCUAACACUGACAGAACUACCCUGAUCAGGAAUGAUCUACCCUCACCCAUAACAACCCUCUCCCUCAGGAUAUACCCCCAGGAUUGCCAUAAAUACUGUACCAUACGCUUUGACGUCGUCGGAUGCAAAGAUACACCAACAACGACGACAACAACAACAACGACGACAAUCUCUCCAACAACCAAAGCAACAACUCCAAAAACAACGACAACUUCUCCAACGACCACAACAAGCCAGCAGACGACCACAACAAGCCUGCAGACGACCACAACAAGCCUGCAGACGACCACAACAAGCCUGCAGACGACAGCGCCCUACAACACCUCGACACUCUGCUCCUGUACCUGCACCGACAAUUCCUAUCUGACUUCAGAUGAUCUGAAUGUUAAGAUAUCCAAUAUAGUUCAAAACUUGACGGUCACCAAGAGAUCAACAUCGACCUUCUUACGUACCAAAAACUGUGCGCAGGACAGUAGACCGGAAGUAGUGUACGUAGGGUAUGUCGGGAUAGGUCUUUUAGUUUUCGUUGCCAGUCUAAUAGCUCUACCCGACCUGCUGUCAUUAUAUCUGUUUAUGUACAGUUUGUGGGAAAAGGGAAAGGGUGUUUCGAGUGAUUGACAGACAUUGACACUGGCGGAUUUAAAGGAAGACGGGGCCCGCCCCAACCCACCCUCUUUGUGAUCAGAAAAAAAUCGUAGAACUACAGAACAUAAGCAAUCACAGAUUACAAAUCUCACGGAGACGGAGCAUUACCUUUAUGAGACUAUCUUUAAUUUCAUAUUAUAUGAAAGUCCUAGCUAAUGAUCUUGGAUAUUCAUGGAUACUGUAGUGUGGUUUGACACAAUAUCAUAUGUCAUAUGAUAAAAAUUGUUUGAUAAACAAACGAUAAUUUCAUAUGUGAUUGUAAAACACAAUUUUAAUCAAUAUAGUAAUAUAAAAUAGGAUAUUGCACCUAAUGAUAUCAUGCAAUAUUGUGUCAUAUGAUGUAUCAUAUGAUAUAUCAUAUGAUAUAUCAUAUGAUACAAUAUAAUACUAUAAUAUAUAAUGAAACAAUAUAAUAUUGUUACAGAUGACAUUG